CCGGAAGCCGCGCGCAGCAGAGCCAGGCGAGUGUGCGGCGGCCAGGAGGCAAGAUGGCAGCCAGUCAUAAUGGCCACGAGGAGUGGGUGGGCAGUGCAUACCUGUUUUUGGAGUCUGCGGUGGACAAGGUGAUCCUGUCUGAAGCCUACACGGAUCCCAAGAAGAAGGUGGCAAUAUACAAGGCUCUGCAGACUGCACUGUCAGAGAGUGGGGACAGCUCUGACGUACUGCAGAUACUCAAGAUCCACUGCAGCGACCCUCAGCUCAUCGUCCAGUUGCGGUUCUGCGGGCGAGUGCUGUGCGGCCGCUUCCUCCAAGCCUACCGCGAGGGGGCGCUGCGCACCGCGCUGCAGAGGUGCAUGGCCCCGGCGCUUGCCCAGGAAGCGCUGCGGUUACAGCUGGAGUUGCGUGCUGGUGCGGAGCAGCUGGACAGUUGGCUGACUGACGAAGAGCGCUGUUUGAAUUACAUCUUAGCCCAGAAGCCCGACCGGCUCAGGGACGAGGAACUCGCGGAGCUGGAGGAUGAGCUCUGCAAACUGACGUGUGACUGCACUGGCCAGGGUGGAGCCACACAGGUAGCUCCUGCAGGUUCGAAGUCCCCGGUUUCCUCUCCGACCCAGGAGAAACCACUGCCGGCCGCCUGCCAGACUUUUCUGUUCCAUGGGCAGCCCGUAGUGAACCGGCCACUGACUCUUCAAGACCAGCAGACGUUUGCGCGCUCGGUGGGCCUCAAGUGGCGCAGGGUGGGGCGCUCGCUGCAGCGUAACUGUCGGGCACUGAGAGAUCCUGCCCUCGACUCGCUGGCCUAUGAGUAUGAGCGUGAUGGGCUAUACGAGCAGGCCUUCCAGCUGCUGCGCCGUUUCAUGCAAGCGGAGGGCCGCCGUGCCACACUGCAACGCCUGGUGGAGGCGCUGGAGGAGAACGAACUCACUAGUCUAGCAGAGGAUCUGCUGGGCCAGGCGGGACCGGAUGGCGGCCUGGCCUAAGACUAGUACUGUGGGGAAGGGCGGCCAACCAGCAGUUCAGUGUUUGGAACCCACGGGUGGCUG